AUGAACAGCAAGUAGUAAGUAGCAGAUUACUCUUAUCAAAUUAUUUACGUAUUUAGGUAACUAUGUCUUAUUGAUAACGACACCAAAAAGUUUUACUCAUCUGAGAUUUAUGAGUAUUUCAAAAGCAAGUGACUAAGUAUUUAAGAUUUAUUGUUCCCUUUCUAUUGAAUUUAAAUAUAAAAAAGUCAGUGCUCAUAAAAUGGAUAUGGAUAUGGAUAUGGAUAUGAAUAUGACUAUGACUAUGGCUAUGACUUUUGAAUUCUCAAAAUCCGCCACUGUUUUGUUCAAGUUUUGGAAAUUCAGCACAAUUGGAGGAUUGAUUGGAUCUAUGGUAGGCAUAUUCAUAUUGGCUUUUGCAUAUGAAGCUCUAAAAUUUUAUAGGGGAUAUCUUAAAGAUAGAGCAAUAAGCAUCAGACAAGGUAACAAGGGAGCUGGAGAUGCUAGAUUCACACAAGUAUCUAUUAUGAGCAAAUCCCACCUCAUUCAAACAUUGCUACAAGCCGUCCAGGUGAUCGUCAGUUAUUUCCUGAUGUUAAUUUUUAUGACAUACAAUGCAUGGCUGGCUCUGGCUGUUGUUUUUGGACUCGUAGCAGGAUAUUUUGUUUUUGGAUGGAACUCUGCAACGAAUAAUGUCAAUGAUGAUCAUUGUUCAUAGAGUUGAUAGAAGUUAAUAUUGGAUUGUGAUGGAUUGAUAUAAAAUUCUAUUUUUUAAAAACAAUAAUUGUAUGUACAUAAAUAAAAACUUUAAGCAUCUGAUAUCACUAGGAAAUAAGUCUGAAAUUUGAUAAACUGUAUUAUUUGUAAUAAAAUGUAAAUAAAUGAAAUAUUUUUCAUAA